AUGGGUAACGUUAUUUCUACGAUUGAACGUCCCCUGGUUUCAUGGCUGGCGGGUACUCAACCCCCACCCAGGAAUUCUACUAAAAAAGAAUUCAGAAAACAGCCAAACAUCCAGCCUUCUACGGACAGGUAAGUGGAUAGCGGCUGCAGGUAUAUUAGAAGAUGGGGGUCAGAGUUUGAUAAAGAGUAGAAUAAAGGAUGGUGUGUUAAUGGGCAUCAUUUCUAUAAAUAACAGAACUUUCCUGUAGAUUGAAUUGUGUUGUCAUUAUAUGAAUGGGAGUAAAAUCCUUAAAAUGUGAAUUUGUGUUUGAUACUUGUUAUUUUUCCUAACUGAUGAGAUAAAAAAUGAACACAACAAUGAAUGUGUAGCUUAGCCCAUUUGUAGUGAUUGAUAUAAAAUAGGCAGGCAUUAUACACGGGGGUGCAGAAAAAAAAGGAAAAUAUAUAGGAAUUAAUGAAGGUGUUUUGAGUCCAUAAUCAGACAGGACCAUCCUGGGAUAAAAUGAGUCUUGAAGAAUCUCACAGGUUUUACACAUUAAAUCAAAUUAUUUAACCACUAUAAUACAACCCAAAUAACAAUGCAUAAUAUAUAAUGACUUAUUUUAUCAUCUCCCAAAAUCAUUUGGUUGUUCCAGAAAUAUGACCUCAAAUGUGUGAAAUUUGAAACUUCACUAAUCAUUUUCUCUUUCCUAAACAGGCUACCUCUUAAAUCAGAGCCCCAGACAUUCCCCCAAUUAUCAUCUAAUCUGGAUAUUUCUCCAGAAACUGAGAAGGGGAAGAGAUGGGAGCCACGGGAGCAGAAUGGUGGGUUUGUGGCAAAAAUUCUAAAAUGUUGCCAACAAGGCACAGAGAGACGUCGCCUUCCCCCUUCUGUUACAUCUAAAUUUGCUGUGCUUGAUAAAAGGUAAAUACUAUAUGAUCACAUUAACAAAUUGCGAUAAUAACCUCUAGGCUGGGAGCUGUAAGAAUUAGCCUGACCUUUUUUGUUUUUGUGUUUUUGUUCAAAAGCUUUAGACAUUAUGAUACCUAUGUCAGAUAUAGAAAAGAGGAGAAGAAACCUGAUGUACCAUACUAUAUUCGGGUGACUCCAAAAAAAUCCAACUUGGAAAUUCGUUAUGCUCGACCACCUAGGUAAGUGUAUCAUGAGACACAGAAUGACUGACCAUAAUCCUAUAAGGUUAUCCAAAUAAAACUGCAGGGUCCUCAGUAAGCCAAUACCCUGGUUCUCUCACUGGCUAUCUGUGUACACAGGAAACCAAUGAGAGAAGAUCCACAGAUAGAUAAAGAUGUCAAUGGUCUUUCUAAGCCAACAUAACAAAUUUCUGAGGAGUACUACAGCAACUUGACUUACCAGGAAUUACCUAAUUUCUAUAAGAUAUGUAUUUUAAUAUAAACAGAAGCUUUAAUGGUAAAAAGUAAACUAUUUACUGAAAUUACUGUAACCAGAAUGUAAUGUGCGUAACAUAAAUGAUCUGAUAGUGUCACUAACGGCUGUGCAAUAAUGACUGAUAGAUAACGAGUGAUAGGGUAGCUGAUGGACUGAAAGUAAGAGGAAAGCUGAAGAGGAAUAAGAUAAGUGACAAAAUGGGCUGAUGGAUGGAAAGGGAGAAAAGGAUAUAAUUGUUACAACUGUAUUUUAACGUUUCCUAUUUUAAUUGCAGGGACCUAUUCCUAUUCUCUAAGGUGAAGCCUAAAUUACUUCCAAAACAAUACAAAACAACUAAAAAGGCUGAAAGUGUAAAUUAUUGUGCAGAGUGUCAUAAACAGGAUAAUAUUCUACAGCCUGAACAUGUCACAGGUCUAGAGGAUAUUCCUUAUCGGCCUUCUACGGACAGGUAAGUGGACAAUUGCUGCAGGUAUAUUAGAUGGGGUUAUUGGAAGAUGGGGUCAGAGUUCGACAGAGAUUAAAUUAAAGGAUGAUUUGUUAAUGGGCAUCAUUUCUGUAAAUACCAGAACUUUCCAGUAGAUUUACAUUUGUAGUGAUGGAAUUUGAAAUAAAAUAAGCAGGCAUGAUAUACAGGGGUGUUAAAAAAAAAAAAAGUAAAAUAUAUUGGAAUUAAAGGGACACCAUAGUCACCAGAACAAUUACAGCUUAAUGUAGUGGUUCUGGUGUCUAUAGUCUGUCCCUGCAGGUUUUUUUUUUUUUGUGAAUAAAAUGUGUUUACAUUGCUCCUUAGGGUCACCUCCAGUGGCAGUCACCCAGACAGCCACUAUAGGUGCUUCCUAUGGCAGUGCUGCAGAGUGUGUAGCACUGACAUUCAGCAUCUCCACUCUCUGCAUGGAGACACUGAACAUUCUUAUCAAGAUGCAUCAAUUUAUGAUUGGCCAUGGCAGCAUUGCCUUCGCCCCCAGCAUGCCUCCUUGGCUGAGAUAAUCAAAAUUGACUAACUCAGUCAAUCCAAUUCUUUCUUAAGGUAAAGCAUUGGAUUGGCUGAGAUCAUCAAUUCUGAGUUGGAAAAAAGGUGAAAUGUAACCUUUACUUUAGGGGGGCUAAGGCCCUAAAUAGUGAUAUUAAAACUAUAGUGUCAGGAAUACAUAUUUCUGUUUCUGACACAAUAAUGCCCCAUUUAUUAAAUGUGUUUUGAGACCCCAAAUAGACAGCACCAUCCUGGGAUGAAAUGCAUGAUGUAAUUAGUCCAGACGUAUCAAAGGUUUUACACAUCAAAUUGAAUUAUUUAAUCGUUAGAAUACAACCCAAAUAGCAAUGCAUAAUAUCUCAUGGCUUCUUGUAUCAUCUCCUAAACACACUCUGUUAUUCCAGAGAUAUAACAUCAAUUUAUUAAUGACCUUUUUGUUUUCUGGUGUGUUUUUCUUCAAAAUCUUUAGACAUUAUAAUAACUAUGUCAGAUUUGGAAAAGAGGAGAAGAUUCCCGAUGUACCAUACUAUAUUCGGGUGACUCCAAGAGAAACUAACCAACUAAUGACAUGUGCUCGGCCACCUAGGUAAGUGUAUCAUGAGACACAGAAUGACCGACCAUAAUCCAAUAAGGUUAUCCAAAUAAACCUUCAGGGUCCUCAGUAAACCAAUAUCUUGGUUCUCUUACUGGCUGGCUGUGUACACAGGAAACCAAUGAGAGAAUAAACACAGAUAGAGAAAGAUGUCAAUGUUCUUUCUGAGCCAACAUCACAAAUCUCAAAUUGGAAAAUUUAAUCAUUACAAUAUGACCCAAAUAAUAACCUGUAAUAUAUAAUGGCUUCUUCUAUCAUUUUCUAAACACACUCAGUUAUUACCGAAAUAUAACAUCAAACGUGAAAUAUGAAACUCCAAUAAUCACUCUUUCUUUCCUAAACAGGCUACCACUUAAAGCAGAGCCCCAGACAUUCCCCCAAGUAUCACCUAAUCUGGAAAUCUCUCCAGAACCUGAGAAAGGGAAGAGAUGGGAGCCACAGGAACAGAAUGAGGGGUUUGUGGAAGAAAGUCUAAAAUGUUGCCAAAAAACCACAAAGAGACUUUGCCUUCCCCCUUCUGUUACAUCUAAAUUUGCUGUGCUUGAUAAAAGGUAAAUACUGUGUGAUCACAUUAAUCAAAGGGGAGACAUCUUUUUGUUUUCUAUUGUUGAUGUUUGUUUUAACAAAUUGAGAUUUUAGCCUCUCCACCGGGUGCUGGAAGAAUUAGCCUGACCUUUUGUUUUUUUGUGUGUUUUUCUUCAAACCCUUUAGACAUUAUAAUAACUAUGUCAGAUUUGGCAAAGAGGAGAAGAUUCCCGAUGUACCAUACUAUAUUUGGGUGACUCCAAGAGAAACUAACCAACUAAUGACAUAUGCUCGGCCACCUAGGUAAGUGUAUCAUGAGACACAGAAUGACUGACCAUAAUCCAAUAAGGUUAUCCAAAUAAACCUUCAGUGUCCUCAGUAAACCAAUACCCUGGUUCUCUCACUGGCUGUCUGUGUACACAGGAAACCAAUGAGAGAAGAACCACAGAUAGAGAAAGAUGUCAAUGCUCUUUCUGAGCCAACAUCACAAAUCUCAAAUUGGAAUAUUUAAUCAUUACAAUACAACCCAAAUAGCAAUGCAUAAUAUCUAAUGGCUUCUUGUAUCAUCUCCUAAACACACUCUGUUAUUCCAGAAAUAUAACAUCAAUUUAUUAAUGACCUUUUUGUUUUCUGGUGUGUUUUUCUUCAAAAUCUUUAGACAUUAUAAUAACUAUGUCCGAUUUGGCAAAGAGGAGAAGAUUCCCGAUGUACCAUACUAUAUUCGGGUGACUCCAAGAGAAACUAACCAACUAAUGACAUGUGCUCGGCCACCUAGGUAAGUGUAUCAUGAGACACAGAAUGACCGACCAUAAUCCAAUAAGGUUAUCCAAAUAAACCUUCAGUGUCCUCAGUAAACCAAUAUCUUGGUUCUCUUACUGGCUGUCUGUGUACACAGGAAACCAAUGAGAGAAUAAACACAGAUAGAGAAAGAUGUCAAUGCUCUUUCUGAGCCAACAUCACAAAUCUCAAAUUGGAAUAUUUAAUCAUUACAAUAUGAGCCAAAUAAUAACCUGUAAUAUAUAAUUGCUUCUUCUAUCAUUUCCUAAACACACUCAGUUAUUCCAGAAUAUUAGAGAUUUUAGUCUCUCCACUGGGUGCUGGAAGAAUUAGCCUGACCUUUUGUUUUUUUGUGUGUUUUUCUUCGAACCCUUUAGACAUUAUAAUAACUAUGUCAGAUAUGGAAAAGAGGAGAAGAUUCCCGAUGUUCCAUACUAUAUUCGGGUGACUCCACAAGAAACUAACCAACUAAUGACAUAUGCUCGGCCACCUAGGUAAGUGUAUCAUGAGACACAGAAUGACUGACCAUAAUCUUAUAAGGUUAUCCAAAUAAACCUUCAGUGUCCUCAGUAAACCAAUACCCUGGUUCUCUCAUUGGCUGUCUGUGUACACAGGAAACCAAUGAGAGAAGAACCACAGAAGCUUUAAUGGUACAAAGUAAACUAUUUACUGGAAUUACUGUAACCAGAAUGUAAUGUGCGUAACAAUGAUCUGAUAGUGUCACUAAAAGAUGUACAAUAAUGACUGAUAGAUAACGAGUGAUAGGGUAGCUGAAGGACUGAAAGUGAGAGGAAAGCUGAAGAGGAAUAAGAUAAGUGACAAAAUGGGCUGAUGGAUGGAAAGGGAGAAAAGGAUAUAAUUGUUACAACUGUAUUUUAACUUUUCCUAUUUUUUAAUUGCAGAGACCCAUUCCUAUUCUCUAAGGUAAAGCCUAAAUUACUUCCAAAACAAUAUAAAACAACUAAAAAGGCUACAAAUGUCCAAGAAAAAGAAGUAGACAAAAAAGAACUGGAAAAUGAAAAAAAGUAUUCUGCAGAGUAUUGUAAACACAAUAUUAUUCCACAGCCUGAAGCGGUCACAAGUCUAGAGGAUAUUCCCUGUCACUUGCUGCAGGCAAGGUCUCUAGAGCCUACAGAGAUUAUCACACAUCUAGAAGACAACACUUCUCUAGAAUGUCCUGUUUCUACUAUUGAACCUCAUACAAGUGGAUUAACAGAGGAAUUGUCAGUAAACCUUGUUCAGACACAGUUCACUUUAGGUUGUCCACAUGAGCCUACAAAUCUAGAUUCUCAGAACCCACUUACAGCUCUUUUACUACAGUCCACCUUUCUAGAGCCUACAGAGGUUAUCACACAUCUAGAAGACAACACUUCUCUAGAAUGUCCUGUUACUACUAUCGAACCUCAUACAAGUGGAUUAACAGAGGAGUUGCCAGUAAACCUUGGUCAGCCACAGUCCACUUUAGGUUGUCCAUGUGAGCCUACAAAUCUAGAUUCUCAGAACCCAGUUACAGCUAUUUUACUACAGCCUACCUCUCUAGAGCCUACAGAGGUUAUCACACAUCUAGAAGACAACACUUUUCUAGAAUGCCCUGUUACUACUAUCGGACCUCAUACAAGUGGAUUGAUAGAGGAGUUGCCAGUAAACCUUGGUCAGCAACAGUCCACUUUGGAUUGUCAACCUGAGCCUAUGAACCUAGAUUCCCGGGAGGCUGUCAAAGAUCAAGAUCCAGGUAUUCUGUUAGUGGGCCCAGUUUGUCCUGCCAAAUCAGGCACUAGUGAAAUGUUAGAGGAGCUGCCUGUAAACCUUGGUCAGCCACAGUCCACUUUGGAUUGUCAACCUGAGCCUAUGAAUCUACAUUCUCGGGAAGCUGUCAAAGAUCAAGAUCCAGGUAUUCUUCUAGUGGGCCCAGUUUGUCCUGCCAAAUCAAGCACUGGUGAAAUGUUAGAGGAGUUACCAGUAAGCUCUGACAUUGUGAGUUAUCACUCCAAAACUACUUUGGAUUGCCCCACUGUUCAGCCAGAGGAGUUGCUUCUAUUCAAUCAAAAGGUUACGCCUGAGCAGGAACAAACUGAGAUGAAGAAUAAUCAGCCAGGAAAACAUGUGUGUCUGAGUAGUGACCAUGAAGAGCAGCCAUUGCCAGAAGACAAAGAAAAAGAGCCACCUGGUGAGGCUGAUAUAGUUCGAAAGAAAAGUCAAGACCUUCCAGUACCUGUACUCCAAGAGAAGAAAAAUAUUGAAUCAAAGGUGGAAAGGAUACACUAUGACAGGGAAUCUUUACUUAAAUUCAAAUCUAUAACACAAGAGCCAAGGGAUUUGUCUGAGAUUGCAAAACUCUACCAAGGUAUGCUCAUUAGACCUCACCUUCGACCAGUAGAUCCAUCACGAUUUACCAACAGGAAAUGUACACCUCUAACUGCAAAUUUCAUCCACCCUGCUAAGGAUAAUUACAGACUGCCAUGUGGAAUGGGCCAAAUGAGGUCCCCGCAAGCUCCUAGUACAGAACUUCGCAAAAUCCUUCAAGUAAGUGAGAAUAUAAAACCGCAUACAUCUGAAAAGGCUUGGAAACCUCCCAUGAAAAGAGCAAAUGAAGAUCACACUCUUGCCAAGGCUCAAGAAUUGGUUCGCAAAGUUCGCAGCAUUCUAAAUAAAAUCACACCUCAGACAUUCCAGCACUUAACCAAGCAGGUGAAAGACCUCUCUAUACAUACAGAAUAUCAACUGAAAGGUGUUGUAGAAGUCAUCUUUGAAAAAGCAGUAGCAGAGCCACAUUUUGCUGUUGUAUACGCCAGCAUGUGCAACUGGCUAAUGAUGCUUGAGGUCCCAACGGAAGACAACCCUGAAGAAAGCAUUACAUUCCGUAGGCUGCUAAUAAGACUCUGCCAGAAGGAGUUUGAGAAAGUUGAAAAUGGGAAUGAAAAAACUGAGAAACUGCAAAAGGAACUGGAUGCUGCCACAUCACCGAGGGAAAAGGCCCUACUAAAAGACGAAUUAAGUGAUGCUUGUAAUAAAGCACGCAGGCGAUACCAAGGAAACAUCAAAUUUAUUGGGGAGCUAUUUAAGCUAAAAUUUCUCUCUGAAGACACCAUGAAAGACUGCCUAAUGAAACUACUAAACAGGAACAGCGAGGAGUCCAUCGAAUGUAUCUGCAUUUUGCUCACUACAACUGGAAAAUCCUUGGAAAAUGGACAGUGUCGCUUGGACAACUAUAUCAGCAAGAUUGACAUCUUUAUUAAAAACCAGAAAACCUCUUCGCGGAUUCGAUUUUUGGUGCAGGAUAUGAUGGAAUUAAGAAAAAAUAACUGGGUACCUCGACAUACACCUCAGGGACCGAAAACAAUAGAGCAAAUUCAUAAAGAGGUAGAACUGGAAUCUAGACGAAAAGAGCAGUGA